GAGUACACUUUACAAAGUCUAUCCAAUUUGUCCAAAAAAUUGUGGUUGAAAGAAGUGGACAUUUCAAAAAAAACUUCCAUCCAAUGUCUUGCCUCAUUUUCCCAUUCUAAAUUCCUUUGUUCUCUUGCUAGAAACUAAUCACAUUACACAUAAAAAAUGGCAAUUAAUUCCAUCUCAUUACUUCCCAUAAAAUCCGUUAGCAUCUCCUCAUCUUCAUCCACUUGUUAUUAUGGAGUUGUUAUUCCUCAAAAAUCAUCCAAGAUUGUGUGUCAACUGGAAAAGUCGAAUACAAAUACAGAGACAAAGAAGUGGAAAGCUAUAGUUUCCACUGCAUUAGCAGCUGCAGUGAUAACGUUUAGCUCAAAUAUGACUGCUAUUGCUGACUUGAAUAAGUUUGAGGCAGAAACAAGAGGUGAAUUUGGUAUUGGUUCUGCUGCUCAAUUUGGUUCUGCAGACCUCAAGAAAACAGUUCAUACAAACGAGAACUUCAGAAGAGCCAAUUUCACAUCUGCUGAUAUGAGGGAAUCGGAUUUCAGCGGUUCAACGUUCAAUGGUGCAUACCUAGAGAAAGCAGUUGCAUAUAAGGCGAACUUCUCAGGCGCAGAUUUGAGCGACACAUUGAUGGAUCGGAUGGUGCUUAACGAAGCUAAUUUCACUAAUGCUGUUCUCGUUAGGUCUGUUCUGACUCGGAGUGACCUUGGGGGUGCCAUCAUUGAAGGUGCCGACUUCAGUGAUGCGGUUAUAGACCUCCCACAGAAACAGGCACUUUGCAAGUAUGCUAGUGGGACUAACCCUGUGACAGGAGUUAGCACCAGAAAAAGUCUAGGCUGUGGAAAUAGCAGACGAAAUGCAUAUGGUAGUCCUUCGUCUCCUCUGCUUAGUGCUCCACCUCAGAAGUUGCUUGAUCGAGAUGGAUUUUGUGAUCCAGCCACUGGUCUCUGUGAUGCAAGCUGAAAAAAUGUUCAUGUACAAAAAUUUUAUAUGCAGAAAGGAAAGAGUUUUGGAGAUCUCAUGUAUGCCAAAAAGGGUUAUGUAGAUUGACAGAAAACAUAGGCUACAUUAUCGGUCCAAUUGUGUUUCGUGUAUGCCAAAAUCUGAAUAUAAAUACUUGAAACAUCAAUAUUGUUGAUGACAUAUUUGUUCUGAACAA